ACUGGUUUUUCCUUUGAAGUGACUGUGGGCUUGGCAGCAUUAAUAUAGGAAUUAUCAGUAAACAGAUGUCUUGGGUGCUGGGCCGGCCCUCAGACAGGGUGACAACCUCUCAUGUGAUUUAGUGGGGCAGAGAGACAGUUGGAGGAAGUGCUAAGUUCAGUUGGAGAAUUAAAACUGCAUCUAAACAGAGCUGUCCUCUGAGUUUUCUUCUGAAGAACCUAUGUUUUCACAUCUUUCCUUCAAUUGUGUCCUGCUACUGCUGCUGCUACUUACAAGGUCUUUGGAAGGGGAAUACACCAUAGAGGUGGGUCAGAAUGCUCUUUUGCCCUGCACCUACAAUCCGACCUCCUCAGAGAAUCUCGUGCCUGUGUGCUGGGGCCACGGAUCCUGUCCUGUGAGCAAAUGUCGCAGUAUGGUGCUCAGCACCAAUGGAAGGGUUGUGGACUAUCGGAUAUCCAGGAGAUACCAGCUAAAGGGGAAUUUAUACACAGGGGACGUGUCCCUGACCAUAGAGAAGGUGACCCCAGCAGACAGUGGGACCUACUGCUGCCGUGUGGAAUUCCCAGGCCUGUGGAAUGACAAAAAAUCAAAUCUGGAGUUGGUCAUCAAACCAGCCAAGGUAGCCACUGCUCGGACACCGCGGCGGGACUUUACUACAGGCUUCCCGAGGAUGCUCACCACUGAGGACCAGAGUCCAGCAGAGAUACAAACACAAUGGACCCUCCAUAAUAAUAAUCAAACAAAAAGCUCUUCACUGGCUAAGGGGCUACAAGACUCUGGAAUGACCAGAAGAAUGGGCAUCUACAUUGGAGCAGGCGUCUUGGCUGGGCUGGUUCUCACUCUCAUCUUGGGUGUUUUAAUUCUCAAAUGGUAUACUUAUAGCAAAGAGAAGUUACAGAAUUUGAGCCUCGUCAGUAUGGCCAACCUCUCUUCCUCAGGGAUAGCAAAUGCAGUAGCAGAAGGGAUGCAUGCAGAAGAAAACAUCUACACCAUCGAGGAGAAUGUUUAUGAAAUAGAGGAUCCAAAUGAAUACUACUGCUAUGUCAGUGGUUCACAAUGACCCUGACAACCUCUGGCUGUCACCUCUCAGGAGUACUCUUCAGUGUUACUUCUAGACCAACACUGCCCAGUAGAAAUACAAUGGGAGCAACAUAUUGAAAUUUCCACCUACUACAUUCAAAAAAGACCAAAAGGAACAGGUGAAGUUAAUUUAAUAAUUAUUUUAUUUAUAUCACUACAUCUAAAGUAUUAUUUCAACAUGAAAUAAAUAUGAAAAUCAUUAAUUAAUGUUAUUUUUAAUCCUAAGUUUUACAAAUCCAGUGUGUAUUUUGUAUUUAUAGCACAUUCCAAUUAUAACUAGCCAUAUCUUAAGUGCUUAAUAACCACAUAUAGUUAUUGUCUACAGUAUGAAACAGCACAGUUCUAGACUAUUCUCUAUGCUCGCUCACUCUCACAAACACGUUGUAACUUAUUUAUUUCCACUAUUUAUAGAAGGAGGCCAUUGGUUCAGAACAUAUGGAAAAAUGCCAUUUAUUUAGAUAGUUAUAUAAUAUUCAGUAAAACAAAUGUGUGUAAUUUAUUGAACUGUUUCACUAUGGAUAGAUAUUUAGGUUUUUGUGUUUUAUCCCAUUUUCAAGCAAAGCUGCAAGGAGCCUUCUUUAUACAAAAAUCUUUGUGCAUUUGUCUACUUCCAAGGCAUUGAGUUCUAGUUAUAGAAUUGCUGGGUCAAGGAGUAUGAUCCUGCUUGAAGUAAUAUGACUAUAAAACAAUAUAUAUAUUUUAAACAAAUAUGCCUGUUAAUUGUAGAGCUAAACGUGUGCUAUAUUUUUCGAGGCAGUCAUUUUAGAUGACUAAAUUUUUAUUCUGCUAAUAUUCCUUUCACUCACAAUAAAAUGUGUGUGUGUGUGUGUUUUGUCAUAAGAACCAAUUUAAGCUAAAACCUUAGGCCAAGUGACUCUCACAGGCCUUAAUUUUUGUAACACUCAUUCACUCAUUCCUUUUCUUCUUCUCUGCCUCCAUCCAUCCAUCCAUCCAUCCACCCAAGAAAUGGCUUUCUAACUGAUAUCCUCCUAUUCUACUUAUCCUCUCCUAAUAGUCUAUUCUCCUCACAGCAGCCUAAGUGUUUUUCUUUUUUUGAGAAAAUCAUCAAUCAGAUCAGAUUAUUAUGUUAUUUAAAAUCUUUCAAUAGCUUCCCAUGGUUGGAUUUCUGCUUGCCUCAUGACCCUCUCCUUGUUCUCUUUUUUUCAGCCUCUUUGACCUCCUUUCUGCCUUUAGUACAGACCAAGUUACUUCUGGUUGCAGCAGUUUUUCAAUGACUGCUCCCUCUGUUUAGAGUACUUAUCUUGGACUGUCUGUAGAUAUGCCUCCUUUUCAUCUUUCAGUUCCCAGCUUACAUGCCAUCUAAGAGCUUUCCUUGACCAUCUUAUGUAAAGUAGCCUCUGGUCAUCAGUGGUCCAGUUUAUUUCCUUGAAUGAGUUUAUUCCAAUCUGAAAUUCUAUUCUCUGAUUUGUUUACAUUUUGUGAUCUGUCUCCCUGGCCCUCAGCUAGAAAUAAAUCCUCAAAUCCAUGUUGUAUUCCAGAGGCCUAGUAUAAAGCUUGACUUGUAGUAGGUACUAAAUAAGUAUUUGUAGAUGGACUGACUGAAUGAAUAUAUACCUGCUAUACUGCAAAUGCAAGCUGGGGUACAGCACCACAGAUACAAAGAUUCAUGUUUUUCCUUCAUGGAGGUCAGAGUCCAGCAGGGCAGAUGGAUGUCCAAGCAAAUGAUGACAAUAAACAGUGAGAAGCACUAUAGCAGACCUACAGACUAAUUUCUGAAUGAUACAUAAAAUUAUAUUUUGGUGAUGUCAUUUUUUUUUCAUUUUUCCUGGCAAUCAUAAUCCCUAGCUUUACUUACUUAAAUCUGGAUAAAAUUCCAAGUAGCUCUUAUAGGAUAAGCAUUGCCUGGCCCACAGCAGGCAUUCAAUAAAUAUUAAUUAGAUGAAGGCAUGAAGUGACACAGUUGACAAAGACUCUGUCAGCAUUUCCAAAAAUAAGUAUAUCUGGCUUGAUGUAAUUUCUACUUUGUCAAAAAACAUGUGCUCUCACAACAAAGUUACUAGAGCUAAUAAACAAAUUCAGCAAGAUGGGAUACAAUAUCAACAUGCAAAAAUCAGUAGUGUUUCUAUACUCUAGUAACAAAAAAUCUGAAGAAAAAAUCAAAAUAAAAUAGAAUGUGAAAAUUCAUAGAAUCAGAAACUAGCAUAGAUGUUACCAGGGACUGGUUUAGGGGUGGGAAAUGGGGAGUUAAUGUGUAAUUGUUACAGUUUCUGUUUGGGGUGAUGGAAAAGUUUUGGUAAUAGAUGGUGGUGAUUGGAGCACAUUUUGAAUGUAAUUAAU